UAUAAUCACUACGUCGUGAUAAUGCGAUAGGAAAUCAAUAAAUGUGCCAUAUUAUCGUUACAUUACUUCCCCGACGUGUGACGCGCUCAUCGUUAUCGUUACUAGUAAUUACUUACCCGUUGAACGGGGUCCGGGUUAGUUCUGUAACCUUUCUCGCGCGAGCGCGACGCGUCGGUUACCUUCGCUCGCAAGGAAAUGGAAUAAAUUUGCUUUUUCCAUAAAACUGCGCUUUGACCUAGGGUGAUACUGUGUUUAUGUUGAAUUAGUGUGUCUAAAAAGUGCUCUAAAUGGCUGAAGGAAAAGUUAACGGGUAUAAAAUCGUGGAAGAUCUCCCACCAGGCGUGAAGGUCGAAGAAAUCGAGAUCCCAGUACCAUGGGGCCACGUAGCUGGCCGUUGGUGGGGUCCGCGGGACAAACAGCCUAUAAUAGCUAUACACGGCUGGCAGGACAACGCAGGAACGUAUGACAACCUCAUACCACUGUUACCUGUCACCACUUCAGUCCUCUGCAUCGAUCUUCCAGGCCAUGGACUCUCCUCGCACUAUCCUACUGGUAUGGUUUACUAUAUUUUCUGGGACGGAUUGGUCCUCUUAAGGCGGAUAGUGAAGUAUUUCGGCUGGAAAAAGAUCAGUCUCAUGGGACAUUCUCUAGGAGGAGCUUUAAGUUUCAUGUACGCAGCGUCAUAUCCUGAGGAAACAGAACAAAUUAUCUGCAUAGACAUCGCUAGUCCUGCCGUCAGAGAGCCAUCUUCUAUGGUCAAAAUUACAGGAUGGGGUGUAGACAAGCUGUUGGAAUAUGAGAAUCUUCCUGACGAUAAAAUACCCAGCUACAGUUACGAUGAAAUGAUCAAUAUAGUAGUAGAUGCGUACAAAGGAUCGAUAUCUAGAGAAAAUAGUGAAACGCUUAUGAAGAGAGGCAUGUGCCCUGUUCCGGCGCAUAUAAAAAAGGAGGGAUAUCUCUUUAAAAGAGACCCUAGGCUUAAGGUUUCUGGUCUGGCCAUGAUGUCGAUUGAAACCGCUUUGGAGUAUGCUUCAAAAGUGAGGUGCAAAGUCCUGAAUAUAAGAGCUUUGCCUGGACAGAGAUGGGAAAGGGUAGACUAUUACUUGGAUGUCAUUGAGAAGAUGAAGGAACGGGCUGAUGUGAGGUUCGUUGAGGUGGAAGGAACGCAUCACAUUCACUUGAACGAUCCGAAAGCUAUAGUAGACAUUAUUGAAGAUUUCUUAGAAGAAUAUUAGACUUAGUUUAGACUAAUUACCUUGUGAUAUCAUGUGAUCAGGUUUAGUUUGCUUUGUUUUGAUCAGCAUCUGUCUCUUGUUGAUAAAUUGAGUAAGAAAGUGACCGGUAUUGUAUGUUUUUUAGAUGAUAUAUAUUACAAGUGAACUUGAUCAAAUAUACCUACUUUAUUCAUGUAGGCCUAACAACAAGCACUUAUGAAUGGUGAAUAAUAUGUGCAUAACUACAUAUAUAUUAUCUUAAGCUAAUUAUCAGAGAAAUUUAUUGAUGUUAAUAUUAUUCCAUCAUAAUAUCGAAUUAUUUACAGAUCAAAUUUAAUACUAAGAAUUUUACAAAAGAUCGUCAUCGUACACAUGAUGUAAGACUGCUGAGUUUUUUCUUUUGGGGAUAAAUUCUAACUGAGAUUCAUUGCCCGUCAUUUGACGGAUUUGAGAGCAAUUUGACGGAUUAAAUAAUUUCUUAAAUUUUGUCACGGGAGGGAAGAAUUGAGAAACAAUCUCAAGGCAAAACUGGAGAGAUAUGCUUAGUGCCGGCCCGAGUCCUUGAUCAGGGUAGAGCGAAAUGGGGUUUUGGCGCCCUUCGUUAAAGCUUUUUACCCUUUUUUUCUCAUUUGCCAUUUUGGCGCCCCCCUUGCCAUUCGGCGCCUAGGGCGGUCGCUCCACUCGCUCUACCCUAGAUCCGGCCCUGGAUAUGCUGGUUGCGCUUUUAUCUCUAUCGUAUCGUCACUGUUGCUUUUACAUUCUUGAUGUCCAUGGCCUGGUAGGUCAAUGCAGAGGGCUGAAGUGGUGACAGCCACGAUAACAGACGAUAUAAGCGCAACCAUCAUAGACCCGCAGUAUAAAAUAUGAUCGAACUAAAUAGGGAUCUCAAUAUUUUGUUCGAUCAUACCUAGUUGGUUACUAAGUUUUCAACUGGCACAGUUUGAUAAAUGAUAGGUUAUUUUGUAAUGAUCAAAACAUGAUAUAAUAAUAUAAAAUUUAGAUGGAGAAUUUAUGGGAAUCCUUAGAAAGCUCCAGAUUGCCUGCCACUAGGUAUUUUAUACUGGACAGGUUGAAUUUGUUGAAAUAUUCGGCUAUAAUGACACGCGCUUUUAUUGUUUGCUUGUUGUUUAAUUGCAAAUACCUAUAGAUGUAGUAUUUAAUCGUUUCGACAUGCUUCUAGUUUAUUGGAUAAUGAGGGAUAGGUAUUAAUGCAUGCAUUAAUGCAGAUUUUUAUUCAUGCUUGGGUACACAAUCAUUCAAGUACCUACGCAAAGGUAACCGAUACAAAUGUUUCACAGAAUACAGGUAUACUAUAUAUAUAUACAAUUUGGCCAGAUAUUUUUGAUAUAAUGGACAAAUUGGGUACGUAGUACUUGCAUAAGUUUAAUUAGUAGAAAGACGAUGAAAAGAACUUGGUACAGUCAGCUGCAGAGAAAAGGUACCCCACUUCCAUACUAAUUUACAGAACUUUGUACGCAGGGGGGGUGCCUUUUCUCUGCAGCUGACUGUACCCAGGCAAUAAUGUUACUACUAUGGGCAUAAUAUUUUUAUAUUAGUCCCUAAAGGAAAUGUCCGUAAUAUCCGUACUUGAGGUCUUUAAAAGACCGUUAAGAUUGUCAAGAAGAAUAAAUAAGCUAACGGAAUUGUAUUGACCUUUCGUUCAGCUGAAUUUAACGAAUUAAUUUCGACUAAUCCUUGUUAUGAAUGUAUUGCACAAAAAUCACAGUUAUUUUUUAUUUAUUUAUAUACUCCUUAUUGCACAAAAAAAAUACAAUCAUACAAAAGGCGGCCUUAAUGCUAUGAGGCAUUAUCUACAAGUCAACCUUCGGGUAAAGCCUGCUUUUUUGUUAAAAUAAUAAAAACUAAUUGACAUUGUUGAUUUCGUUGAAAACAAUAUUACCAAACGUCACACCAAGGGGGGGAGAGGUUAGCCAAAUGUGACCAGGUGUGACAAGGAGGGGCGGAGGGGACAAAAAAUAAUAGUAAUUAAUGGAUGACCCCUAGUACAUUAUUACCCAGUAGCAAAGUAGGCACAAUUUACGGUAUGUAUAUUUUCACCCUUUUGUUUCCCAGAUACCAAGAUGUCAAUCCGAUUGUAUUAUAGUCCUCCUCAUCGGUUUCGAUGACGGCGACCUUAGCAAUUAUGGAUUACGCCUAUUAUGGGCUCGAAUGUGGCUGGCCAGGCCGAACUUGGUCUUAAAGACUCUAUUGCAGGUGCUACAAUAGAGUUGGCCAGACGCGUUAUACGUAUACGCGUACGAGGGCUUCGGUCUCUCUUCACGUUGUUGGCGUUUGACAUCUAAGGUAUUGAGGCGGUUUUCUUCAAAUAAUUUGAUGCGGUUAAAGAUGGUCGACCGCCAAGAUGACCUGUCUGUAGCAAUCUCCGAUUGUGCCAAGUUGCCGAAUCAAUCUGUGAUUUUAGCACAAAAUUGGAACAAAAAAGGGAAAUAAAUUAGCAAAUCGUACCGUCAUUUUAUUUAGGUCAUAAACAUGUCAUAAAUAACAGCUAGAAAAUAUGUGCCAUUCUCAACCAAAAGGGUACUUAUUGUCGGUUGUCAAUAAGGCGCUAUUUCCAUAUAGCUUCAAUUUGAAAUCAACCUUAUCGACUAGCGACAAUGUGGUAUCUUUUGGUUUAAAACUUCACAUAUAAUAGUAUAGAAAAUAUUUACAUAUAGUUGCGUUACUGCAGUUAUGCAGUAUUGUUUAAAACUGCUGUGUUUACUUUUCACCUUGAAUUGGUUGCAUAAAUUACUUACAUAAAUAUUGAAUGUGCGAAAAAUAAGUUUUAUUUUGACUGGUAUUAAUAGCUCAGACACCUACUGAAACGUUAAUUGUAUCUUAUUUUAAUUUUAAAUUAUUUGUUUAGUCUGGAGUUGAACUCGAGACCCACCUUUUUACUUUAUUUAAAAUUGUAAUUAGCUAAGUAUUUUUUAGCCACCUAAUUCUUUUCUAAUGUUGGACAGAUAAUUUAUUUCAUUAUUCAUAUGCAUAGAUAAGUGAAGAAAAGGCGAACGAAUAAAACGAACAUUGAUUAGCUUAUAUUUUUAAUACAAUUAAAGUAGUUAUUAUAGAAAAUAAAAAGGUUCCAUCUGCUAUUUGAAUUGUUAUAUAUAGCUGCACAAAAUCGAUACUCCUUCUAAACGUAGAAUGUCAGUUGGGACCUUUGGCGCCAUUCAUUUAUUACUUUUAGGGGCUUAUCUUACGUACGAUCACAAAAUGCAUUUUUUUUUAAUUUAUAUGAAAUAAUGACAUUAAAAUAAUACUAUCACAUUAUAUGCUAUCAAACACGGUGCAGAGUGAGCUUAAACGGGCACCAGUACCUUUGUACUUUGUAGGUACAGAUAAACUGGCAAAAAUCGUCUUACGUAAUAAAUGAAUGGCGCCUUAAAAUUUUUAGCACCAUAAUGUUACUUCGAUCACGAUUUAGAAAUAAAAUGCAUUAUAUUGUU